ACCGCAGUAACGGCAUUAUAGAUCACUCUUCUGACGCUAAAUUCUAUUAUCUUUCGGGUACUGAAAAUAAGGUGGCCAUUCUCUUAAUCUUUCUACGGCUAAAAGAACUGCAAUACUAUGCAUUCAAGUUCACUCAUGCUGAGGCAGUCUCUUCUGCUGCUUCUCUUGCAUCAACGUCUGUUGCAAUUACGCUCGCUGUCAUGGGACA